GGCAGGCAGACAGGCAGACAGGAUGGGGAACCGGGAGAUGGAGGAGCUGAUCCCGCUGGUGAACCGGCUGCAGGACGCCUUCUCGGCGCUGGGGCAGAGCUGCCUGCUGGAGCUGCCGCAGAUCGCCGUGGUGGGCGGCCAGAGCGCCGGCAAGAGCUCCGUGCUCGAGAACUUCGUGGGCAGGGACUUUCUUCCUCGAGGGUCAGGCAUUGUAACAAGACGACCCCUUGUUCUGCAGCUUGUCACUUCCAAAGCAGAAUAUGCUGAAUUCUUACACUGCAAAGGAAGGAAGUUUACAGAUUUUGAUGAAGUUCGUCAAGAGAUUGAAGCAGAAACAGAUCGAGUGACAGGAAUGAAUAAAGGCAUUUCAUCUAUACCUAUUAAUUUACGAGUCUAUUCCCCGCAUGUGUUAAAUCUAACCCUUAUUGACCUGCCUGGAAUCACUAAAGUGCCAGUAGGGGAUCAGCCACAAGAUAUCGAAUAUCAGAUCAGAGAAAUGAUUAUGCAGUUUAUCACUCGAGAAAACUGUCUGAUUUUGGCUGUUACACCUGCAAACACAGAUCUUGCCAACUCUGAUGCCCUGAAGUUAGCUAAAGAAGUUGACCCUCAAGGUCUGAGAACUAUUGGAGUCAUCACCAAACUAGAUCUUAUGGAUGAAGGAACUGAUGCAAGGGAUGUUCUAGAGAACAAAUUGCUUCCUCUUCGAAGGGGUUAUGUGGGUGUGGUAAAUAGAAGCCAAAAGGACAUUGAUGGAAAGAAGGACAUUAAGGCAGCUCUGCUGGCAGAAAGAAAAUUUUUUCUUUCCCACCCAGGCUACAGACACAUUGCUGACCGAAUGGGAACUCCACAUCUUCAAAAAGUCCUAAAUCAGCAACUCACUAACCAUAUUCGAGAUACAUUGCCAAGCUUCAGGAGCAAGCUCCAGGGACAAUUACUUUCCAUAGAACAUGAAGUGGAAGCCUACAAAAACUUCAAGCCAGAAGAUCCUACAAGAAAGACAAAGGCUCUGCUACAGAUGGUUCAGCAGUUUUCAGUGGAUUUUGAAAAGAGAAUUGAAGGAUCAGGAGAUCAAGUAGAUACACUGGAGCUCUCAGGCGGGGCAAAAAUAAACCUCAUUUUCCAUGAACGAUUCCCUUUUGAGAUUGUGAAGAUGGAGUUUAAUGAGAAAGAACUGAGAAGAGAAAUAAGCUAUGCAAUCAAAAACAUUCAUGGUAUCAGGACAGGAUUAUUUACUCCAGAUAUGGCUUUUGAAGCAAUAGUUAAAAAACAAAUUGUAAAACUAAAAGGACCUUCCCUGAAGAGUGUAGACCUGGUGAUGCAGGAGUUAAUCAAUACUGUAAAAAAAUGUACCAAAAAGCUUGCAAACUUCCCAAGACUUUGUGAAGAAACAGAACGGAUUGUUGCUAACCACAUUCGUGAGAGAGAAGGAAAGACUAAAGACCAGGUGUUAUUGCUGAUUGACAUCCAGUUAUCCUAUAUUAACACCAAUCAUGAAGACUUCAUUGGCUUUGCAAAUGCCCAGCAGAGAAGCAGUCAGGUUCACAAGAAGAGUGCAGUUGGAAAUCAGGGAACCAAUCUUCCGCCUUCAAGGCAAAUUGUUAUUCGGAAGGGAUGGCUAACAAUCAACAACAUUGGCAUCAUGAAGGGAGGAUCCAAGGAAUAUUGGUUUGUCCUUACUGCAGAAAGUUUGUCCUGGUAUAAAGAUGAUGAGGAAAAAGAAAAGAAAUACAUGCUUCCUUUGGACAACCUGAAAGUUCGAGAUGUGGAAAAGAGCUUUAUGUCUAGCAAGCAUAUCUUUGCACUUUUUAACACAGAGCAGAGGAAUGUAUACAAAGACUAUCGAUUUCUUGAGUUGGCAUGUGACUCCCAAGAAGAUGUAGAUAGCUGGAAGGCAUCUCUGCUCCGAGCUGGUGUAUAUCCUGACAAAUCUUUAGCUGACAAUGAUGAGAGUGGUCAAGCAGAAAACUUUUCCAUGGACCCACAAUUAGAGAGACAAGUGGAAACCAUUCGCAACCUUGUAGACUCCUACAUGUCUAUAACCAACAAGUGUAUCCGAGACCUGAUUCCCAAAACAAUAAUGCACCUUAUGAUCAACAACGUCAAAGAUUUCAUAAAUUCAGAGCUCCUAGCACAGUUAUAUUCCUCAGAGGACCAAAACACUUUGAUGGAAGAGUCUGCCGAGCAGGCUCAGCGCCGUGACGAGAUGCUUCGAAUGUACCAAGCCCUUAAGGAAGCCCUCGUAAUUAUUGGUGAUAUCAACAGUGCCACUGUGUCUACUCCUGCACCUCCUCCUGUGGAUGACUCCUGGCUACAGCAUUCUCGUAGAUCACCCCCUCCAAGCCCUACAAACCAAAGGAGAUCAACGUUAAAUGCUCCUCCAACCAGACCCACAUCUGGCCGAGGACCUGCUCCCGCAAUUCCAUCCCCGGGCCCCCAGUCUGGGGCUCCACCAGUACCAUUCCGUCCAGGACCUUUACCUCCUUUUCCCACUAAUAGUGAGGCAUUUGGAGCACCUCCGCAAGUCCCAUCCCGGCCAACGCGGGCUCCUCCAAGUGUCCCAAGGACAACAGCAAAUUUAGCUUUCUGAGAAAGAAGUUUCAUUUUUCAAGUUCUUUGCUUCACUGAAAGCCCUUUCUUCUAGUCUAUCUGAAACAGAAACUCCCAACGUGACAAGGCAACAUGAACACUGUCCUGCUGAUUCCCUGCUGCCUUUAAUAUCGUUACAAAAGCAAUAAGUGAAUCUUUGGAAGGAGGGGAUUCAGUGUGGGCUUCUGCUUCCUUUUCUUCUGGACAGUCCACCAAUUCAUUAGCAAGUUAUGACCUUGCCUUUUAAGAGAAUAGAUAAUUUUGUCAAACCUCAUUCAGAGUUAAUCAAGCUACUUGUCCUUUUAAAGAAACCAUGAGUGUUCUGGGUCUUUUUUUCUUUUUCUUGUUCUUUUUUAAAUUGCUUUCCAUUUUGAUGUACAGGAGGGGAAGGAGAGAGGAGGGGGGGUAAAUUUGGGCCCGUUUCUUCCUCUGCUUCUCAAGCUGUUUUGGUUUAUGUACACUGGAUUUUUCUGUGAGGAAGCUAAAACCGUUGCAUGCUGUGUGCUUGCCUUAAUUAAUCCCACCUGAAUAGGGAAGAGUCUGGCCCAACAGAGCUUACAAAUGUGGGUGCUGACUUAGUGAGUAAGUUGAUUGUGCAGCGUCUAUGAUUUGUAAAACAUUUUCUGUUGCCAGGAGAUCUGGGUUAUCCCCUCCUUCCUUACCCCCAGCUCUUCUCUAAAGAGAAUAAGCCAGGCUGGAGAAAUCCAGCUGUAUACUUGCUCAGUGCGAUUAUCUUAAGCAGAUACAACUGCCUCCGUAGAGUCCCAUCAUGACCUUGUUCUCCUACUUAAAAAUCAGAAUCUUCAUCAAACACUAACUUUACUUCUCAAAGAGUUAUUCUUGGUUACAGCUUCUUAAAAUUAGUUUAUUGGGAAUUGCAGCCUUGCCAUUAACAGAACAAAUUAACUGAAUCAGAGUGUGUUUUUCCUGGCAACAGCUGAUUCUGGCAUUCAUUCACUGGCUUGUACUCUGCUCCUCUCCCUUAUCCUUGAACUAAGAUGUUUUACAACAAUCUGAAUAGAAGGGUGGGGUAUGAUGGAGAGGGUCUCCAUCCAAGGAGAGCACUUCUUCAUUUACCUCAUUGCUCCCAUCUCCAUUUAGUCCACAUUAAAAUAAUAAUAGUAACAAUUGAAGGGCCUCCUUUGAACAGAUCCUAGCUAUCACUUCAUAGGAUCUUCUCCAAGCUUGGCUAAGUUGGGCUGUCUCAAAGGAUUUACCCUCUAGUCCAAUUCACUCCAGUUUACCCACACAUGGGACCACACAGAAUAGAGCCUAAUCACUACUUGUGUCUAACCAUUAAGGCUGAUGACCAAAUCAUGUCCUGAUUCUGAUUUGUUCAUAUGACAGAACCAUAGGCCCGCAUCAGGAUGGCCCUUUAGUCCCACAGUUAUGUUUUAGAGCUACCAAGUUUGAAAAGAGCAAGUCCUUUUCAUGACUUCACUAAGCUAAUUCACUUGGCAUCCUUGGUAAAGAGGCCUCACUACAGCCCCACAUAUUCAGUAAAUUAGUCUUUAAUCAAGUAAUCCCAGAGGAAAUCUGAUAUAAAUACUCUGAAGAGACAAAAUGUAUUGAUGUUCCUUUCCCUACAGUAACGAACUCCAGUUGAUUCUACCUAUAGUUUGUUUUUCAUUUUAUUUAAAAGUUGCUUUAGUAUUAACUCAAGUGGCAUCUGAUGACUUGAAAUAUCUCUUUCACCUAAGCUAACCAUGGGUUUUAAUGAUAGUUUAUAUGUAACUAUUUUCACUUAGGGAUAAGGUCUCCUUGUUUUGUUUUGUUGUUUCUUUU